UCCACAGAUCUCAGUUUAUUCAUUUUUCUUCUGAAUACAAAUAAUUAAUAUCCCCCCCCUCUCUCUCUCUCUCUCUCUCUCUCUCUCCAUCCUUCCGUGGCUACUUCACUGCUUCCCCCUUCUGUAGAUCCAGAACCCUUCACUUAAUCAUCAAUUGCUCGCACCCAAUCACGCUUUCUCUUCUUCUUCUUCUUCUUCUCGUUUCAAUUUUGAUACCGAACAAUUGAUAUAAGAAUGGGCGUGGCGCAAAACAAUUUCGACAUGGAGGAGGGAACGCUAGAGAUCGGCAUGGAGUAUAGAACUGUAUCUGGAGUUGCUGGACCUCUUGUUAUACUCGAGAAGGUUAAGGGACCAAAAUACCAAGAGAUUGUUAAUAUUCGUUUAGGGGAUGGAACAACCCGCCGUGGUCAAGUCCUUGAAGUUGAUGGGGAGAAGGCAGUCGUUCAGGUUUUUGAAGGAACAUCUGGGAUUGACAACAAAUACACAACUGUGCAAUUUACAGGAGAGGUUCUGAAAACUCCUGUCUCAAUGGAUAUGCUUGGACGCAUUUUUAAUGGUUCUGGAAAGCCUAUUGAUAAUGGUCCUCCAAUUUUGCCCGAGGCUUACUUGGACAUUUCUGGGAGUUCUAUUAACCCUAGUGAGAGAACCUAUCCAGAAGAGAUGAUACAGACUGGAAUUUCAACAAUUGAUGUCAUGAAUUCCAUUGCUAGAGGACAGAAGAUACCUCUUUUUUCUGCAGCUGGUCUUCCCCAUAAUGAAAUAGCUGCACAAAUAUGUCGCCAAGCAGGUUUGGUGAAGCGAUUGGAAAAGUCUGACAAUCUUCUGGGGGAUGUAGAAGAGGACAAUUUUGCCAUUGUAUUUGCAGCUAUGGGUGUAAACAUGGAAACUGCACAGUUUUUCAAACGUGAUUUUGAGGAGAAUGGGUCAAUGGAGAGAGUGACACUUUUUCUGAACCUGGCAAAUGACCCCACAAUUGAACGUAUUAUCACACCUCGAAUUGCUCUUACCACUGCAGAAUAUUUGGCAUAUGAGUGUGGAAAACAUGUUCUUGUCAUUCUUACAGAUAUGAGUUCUUAUGCUGAUGCUCUUCGUGAGGUGUCUGCUGCUCGAGAGGAAGUACCUGGAAGGCGUGGAUAUCCUGGGUAUAUGUAUACUGAUUUGGCAACCAUAUAUGAGCGGGCUGGAAGGAUUGAGGGGCGGAAAGGCUCCAUCACACAGAUUCCAAUUUUAACUAUGCCAAAUGAUGAUAUUACACAUCCGACGCCAGACCUUACAGGAUAUAUUACAGAGGGCCAGAUAUACAUUGAUAGGCAGCUUUACAAUAGACAGAUAUAUCCUCCAAUCAAUGUCCUCCCAUCUCUGUCUCGUCUGAUGAAGAGUGCCAUUGGUGAGGGGAUGACUCGCAGGGACCAUGCUGAUGUGUCCAACCAGCUAUAUGCAAAUUAUGCAAUUGGGAAGGAUGUCCAGGCAAUGAAAGCUGUGGUAGGAGAGGAAGCUCUCUCUUCUGAGGACCUGCUGUAUUUGGAGUUCUUGGACAAAUUUGAGAGAAAAUUUGUUUCACAAGGAGCUUAUGACACUCGCAACAUCUUCCAGUCACUUGAUUUAGCUUGGACCUUGCUUCGAAUCUUCCCUCGCGAACUACUACACCGUAUACCUGCAAAGACUCUUGACCUGUUCUACAGCAGGGAUUCAUCUCAUUGAGAAAAUGAAGAUUGCUUGAAUUGUUUUGGUGGUUCUAUUCUCUAUUCCUAGUUUUCUCUCAUUCAUGCAGAAAAUAAUAAAAGAAGCUGUUUCCAUUUGGGAUAAAUUAUAUAUUCUUCCAGUGAGGAGUGAAUUGAGCUUGUAAUUUAUUUAUUAGUUGGUACACUUUUUUGAGAGUUUUACUCAAGUGGAAUUGGGCGCAAUGUUUUGUAAGUUUCAAACCUAUGUAUUUUUGUUUCAAGUAAUUUAUUCUCUCUAUUUUUAGUACA